AUGAGCCCUCAUACAACGCGAAUUAUUUGGAUUCUUAGCCGAUAUCUGCACCCUGAUAAGACGGGAAAGGAACGCAAAGAUCCAACCUCAUUUCAUCCGGCUCCAAUAUGUGGCGAUGGGGAUCACGAGAGAGCCCAGGGGUCAGAUCCAAGAAGAGCUAUGUCGUCUGCGUACUCGAUGUCUGUGAGCGGAGGCCCAGGGAGCACUUUGACCCCAGAGGCAUUAGAGGCUGGUGAUGUAGACCUGAGAUGGGAGAAGCUAAUUAGGGGUUCCGAAGGAAACAGUUCACACCUGCUCGCCGUCCGUCACGAACUUUUCUGUCAACAUAUCGCUUCAUUUCAGCUGGUACAGUCGAGUCCAGUCCUGCUGCAAAUUUACUUUCCUGCUCCAGACAAAAACACCUGUGUGGACUCAUAUCACGUGCUUUCCUACUGCUGUUUCACAAUGCACCUCACAAAACCGCGCGAGAUUCCCUCAUCUGGUCCAAUUACUGGAAUACCUUCAGAUUCUAGUGUGGCGUCGUAA